AUGUUUAAGUUGGCUCAAACUGUAUACAAACUGACUCAAAGAAGCAACAAAAUUUACCCCCUGGCUUACAGUGUCAUCAGACACUUCGACCAGAAAAAAGUGAGGUUAUGUAACCCGGUACCCCUUGAACCUCCAAAAUUCACAUUUUGGCCCGUUACCUUGUCCUUAAGCAUCCUAACAUGGCUGGGCUUCACCAAAGACGACGAAGAAAAAGAAUCCGAGCUUAUAAUGACUCUAAAACGAGCCGUUUUGUGUAAACAACGCGAAGAAUUUCAAAAGGCCGAACAAAUGCUUCAUUUAGCCUUAAGAAUGGCCCAGCAGCAGCAAAACCAACAAGGAAUUUUGUAUUGUUACGAUUUAAUGGCGAAUUUGGCUUUUGAUUGUUUAGAACUGGACAAGGCCGAAAAGCUGUUUGUUGUAGUAUUGCAGAUGCUUCUAGGUAAUGGCACCCCUCAGGAUGACUUAAAGGUUAUUCAUAUAAGCUUGAAACUAGCAAGGAUUAGUCAGCUGCAAGAUAAACCUGAUCGGGCUGAGUUGGGCUAUAAGUUUUGUCUGAAGCAAAUAGAGUCGCACAAAAACUCAGAAGAUGCAAAAAUUCUCUAUGGAGUAAUAAAUGAUUGGUAUGCGCAACUGAUGUUAGACACAAAUAAUCCGUCUGAGGCCUUUAUUCAUUUGAAUGAGGCUUAUAAGGCUUGUAACGAGACUCAAGGCAUUUACAGUGAGAAAAGUAUGCUGUUACUAAACGAUUUAGCCAUUACCAGCUUUAGAGCUGAAGACAGCGAAAAGGCUGUGAAAUUUUUAAAGGAGGCAAUUGAAGUAGGCAACCAAUUGACAGAUAAAACACAUUUAGGGGUCGUACAUGCAAAUUUAGGCCUGAUUUUGUUACAUAGAGGGGUUAUUGAGGAGGCGGAAAAGGCUUGCAUACAAGGAAGGAAUUUAGGUAAGAAGCACGACAACAAUGAAUCUAUCGAACAAGCAAAUUAUUGUUUAGACCAGAUCAAGAUGAAUUUGGAAAAAUAA